GCCCGGUAGCGGCGCCGCGCCGGGGGCCGGGCGGGGCGGCCAUGAGGGCGGCCUGAGGGACGGCCCCGAGCGAGCCCCGGCAUGGGCGAGAGGCGGCGCGGGGAGAGCGGCGAGCCGGGCACGGGAAUUCCCCUGGAUCAGGAGGAGCAGGGCUGCUCCCUGCUGCAGCGGGCCGUGGCCGUGCUCCGGAGCUCCUCGCUGCACUCCGGCUCCCAGCAGGGCUUCCAGUACAGCCGAGCCAUCCUGGUGGAAAACGAGCUGUUCCUGAGCGAGCUCCGAGCUUUUGCACGAGCCAAGGCGGCGGCAGGGUACAGCCAGGAGGAGCUGCAGGAGACCUUUGCAUUCCUGCUCUUCGACAAGGAGGAGGAGGCCCAGCAGGUGUGUCAGAGCGGGCUCCGUGUCAACAGCAGCAACAUCUCCACCCUGGGGGACCCUGCCAAAGGGGUUUAUAUUUCCAAAUAUUCCGACUGCCUCCACCCCAGCCCUUGGCACCAAGGGACAUCAGGAUUUAUUGUCAUCUGUAAACUCAUCAAGGGCAAGGUCAGAGCCAUCCCUGAGAGCUCCCCCAGCAGCUCCACCUGUCCCUCGCCCGGCUACGACUGCCACGUGUCCAGCGGGAGCAGCCAGUACUACGUGUACGAGGUGAGCGGGGCGGGAGCGGCCGAGCGGCCCCGCCAGGUGUGUCCCUACGUGCUGCUGGCCUGCCAGUACCGCCCGCCCCGGGAGAUGCCCGCGCCGGCCCCGCCGCGCCCAGCAGAGCAGAACCACCAAGAGCCGCGGUCGCCGUCGGCAGCGCCGUGCCCGUGGCGGGGCCAGCUGUGCAUCGGGGGGCGGCGCCUCUGCACCAUCGGCCUGAGGAGCCGCCACUGCGCGGGCAGCGUGCCCGCCCAGCUACCUCCCAGCCUGGACAUCAAACACGUCAUGGGAUUGUCUGACUUGAAGAAAAAACUGCCAGAAGCUGCAUUUGGGAAAAAAAAUUACACUAGGAACGAAGUCUGCUUUCAGGGUGUUUACUCCAGUCUCUACGAGGUGGAAAUAUCCCAUAAGGAUCAGUCCAGAAUGGAUCAGCUGGUGGAAAAGCUGAAGGAGAGGGACUUGGCAAUCAUCAAAUAUUUACAGGACCAAGGAGUUCUCAUCCUGCUCACGUCCUCAGCCUUGGCACGGGAGGAUGGCCUGGAGCCCAAGGAGCCCGUCAGCCUGCUGGCCCUGUUCCUGUUCAGCUCCCCCCGGGCCCUGAGCCCCCGAGUGGAGGAGCAGGAGCCCAAGGACAGGAAGGAGGGCGGUGCCAGCAGCGCCAUCUCCCUGCGAAUCGCCUCCGUCCUGCCGGGGCUCCGCUACGCCCUGCGCAAAGCAGCCGCUUCCUCCUGCGCUGCCACAGGCAGCCCCUGCAUCCAGGAGCACCUCCAGGAGUAUGCAGAGCUCCAGGGAAGCUCUCAGGGCAGCCCUGGGCAGAGCAGUGACGUUCCCAGUGGCCCUGUCCCCUCUCCAGAGCAGGAUGGGGACGCUGUCCCUGCCCAGAAGCUCUCGGAGCAAUCCCUGGCCCGGCUGCGCCGUUACCUCUCCGACCCCGGCAGCUUCACCCUGGGAAUCUCAGCAGCCUUGCAGUGUCUCAGUGGGGCUGGCAGCAAAGUGGGAGCUGGUCCUGGGAAUUCCUCCUCCUCCUUCUCCUCCUCCGUGCCCCCAAAUCCUCCUCCUUCCACCAGAGCUACAGGAAUAAUGCAGGAUAAUAGAGAGCUUCCCAGUCUCGCUUCGGAGAGAUUCCUGAAAAGUGUCACCUCUCCCAUCAAGCCCUGGGGCCGGGAGCUCAGGAGGAAAUCCAGCAGGAUCCUCGGGAAGAGCAUGCCACCCCUCAAGGCACAAACAUGUCCUGGGGGGAACAGCAGCAGGAGCAGGGAGGCAGCCAAGAAAAAAAGCAACGUCGCUUCCUCCUGUCCCAAAAAACCGGGAUCCACGGGCAGUUCCAACGAGCCCAUGCUGAAAUUGGCCAAUCUGCAGUGGCCACACGGAAGGAAAAGAGGUGCAGAGGUCCUGGCUGCAGAAAUUGUCCACAAACCCCAGUGUGAAGGUGCUGAGAAGGAAAGCUCAGCUCCCAAUGGUCCUGCUGUGGAGGCAAAGAGGCCAAAAACCCUGGAAAAUGUGGACACAAAGAAGGUUCCUGGCACUGAGAGUGGCACAAAGCCAGGGAAAAGCAAAAUGCAGAAAAACGUGGAAAACAGUGCAGCAGAACCUUCGGAGAAGCAGCAGGAAGGGAGUGAGAGGAAGGAGCUGCUCCCGGAGCUCCCCAGCGAAGCCUCGUCCCAACCCCCCGGAGCAGAAAUCCCAAGGGAAGUUCAUCCCCUGGCAAUUCCCAGCGUUGCCUUUGUCCUGCCAGGGGACAACAGUGACUCCCAUGCCCUGAACCUGCUGGCUGACCUGGCCCUGGGCUCCUGCCUUCCUGCCUUUAUUCCCAAGGAUCCUGGGGUGGUCCCCGCGGAAUCCGGGGAUUCCUGGGAGCAGCAGAGCCCUUCCGACCCCAAAUCCCUGCGCGUGGCCUCCGACCACAGAUACCACAGGGCAGACAAGCAGGGCAAAAAAUCCUCCUCCAGCAAGGUGUCCCUGACCCAGCCACUUCCUGAGCAAACAGAUUCCAGCCAGCUGGCCUCUCCUCCCAGAGAAAAAACCUCUGGAAUUUUCUGGGGGGACAGCGGGGUUCCCAUCCCCGCCGUAUUCCAGGCCUUUCCUCCCUGCCAAGCUCCGCAGGCCUGCGAGGUGAACUCCCACUCCAUCAUCUCAGCCGAGCACUCCUACGCCUCCCCCAUGCCCGAGGAUCCCAAAGCAGCCCCAGAUCCCAAAGGGAACGCCAGGAGUGCUCCGGCUGCCCCCUUGGUUGGGAAGGUGCUGCCCUUCCGGCACCUGCAGAGCGGCGCCGAGCCCGCCCGCAGCCAGGGCUCUCCCAGGAGGAAGGAGGAGUUCUCCAGGAGGCACACGGUCAGUCUCUGUGGGAAUUCCAUGAAGGUGACGUGCCGCUGGGAGGAGGAGUAUCUCUUCCACCUGGACAGCAGGUACACCAACGAUUCCCUGGAGAAAACUGUCAUCCGUGCCCUGCAUGGGCCCUGGGAUCCCGACCUUCCCGACGAUGUGGAAGGGAUGAAGCUGAUCCUGCACAUGUGGGUGGCCCUGUUCUACAGGAAGCCCAGCAAGCUCCUGAGCAGCUCCAGGAAGGUGGUGGAGCACAGCAAUCCCAGGAAAUUCGUCUCCAUCAACAGCUCCGGUGGCUUCCUGGAGCUCAGCGACGACAGCCAGGACUGCUUUGGCUUCGAGACGUGUCCUGCAGACUCGGGCUCGGAUCCUGACCAGACUCCCAGCAGCUCCCUGGAUCCCAGCACCCCUUCCCAGGGCAGCUCCCAGCCCCAGAGGAGCCCCGCGGACUCGCAGACGGACGCGGACGGAGCUGCCGCAGCCGUGGACAGCACGGUGUCCUCCUCCUCGGGGGAGCUGCCCUGCAGGGAGGAGGAGGAGGAGCCUUCCUCCACCAGCUGUCCCGAGAGCCUUUCCCUGCAGGAGCAUUCCAGGGAAAAGCUGGAUGGGGCAGGCGGGGAGCCCGAGGGCGUUCCCGAGGAGAGCGCGCCCGACGUCUCCAGCGGCACCGCGGAGGAGCCAGCCAAGGAGGACCUGCUGGAUGCCAGGAUCACCCCCAGCCCUCCCGAGGAGCUCGGCUGUCCCAGCAAAUCCCCGGAUGCGCCGGGCACGGAAAUCCCGGGGAGCCAAACCCCAAACUCCAGCACAGCUCCGUGGACAGAGCCCCCCAGUGCACCUCAGGAAAACGGGGAGCAGCAGCAGGAGAAGCAGCAGGAGGCCGGCUUGGGGAGUGGCCCCGGCCCUCCCGAGGAUGAGGAGGGAGUGGGAGGCUCUGGGCAGUCCCUGGAAGUUGAGGAUGGCGCCGAUCCGCAGCCUGCCUGUGAUUCCGUGCCCUUGGAGGCAACUCCUGGAAGGGCAGAGCCUGGGGGAGCUACUGAGGAAGGGGAGGAAUGCCAGGAGCCCUCGGAGCACUCGGAAAAGGAGGAGAGGGAGGUGGAGGAGGAGGAGAAGGAGAACGAGGAGCUGGAGGAUGAAGGCUCCUUCCUGGGCCCUGUGGAUUUGGUGCUGUCCGAGAGCAGCGAUGCCGAGAUGGAAUGCGAGCACAGCGAGCAGAAUCCAGGGAAUUCGGCGUCUCCAGAGGAGUUUGGUGCUCCUGAAGAGGACCCCGUGCCCAGCCCCACCUCCCUGGCACCGCCCUGCCCCGACAGAUCCUCCCCAGCGCCCUCAGAUGGGGCCGGGAGUGACCCUGGAGGCUUUCCCGAGGAGAUGUCACCAAACCAGGAGGAGCUCCCGGAUCCCUGGGACGCUCCGGGCACGCCGGAGUCAGAGACAGAUGGGGCUGGAGUGGCUGGUCUGGCCGAGCUGGGGUCACCCCACGGGGACAGCGGGGAGCUGCCAGUCCCCCCUGAGCCCAGCCUUGUCCGUGGGACACAGCCCGACAGCGUCACAGACAGCCCGGAUCCUGCCGGAGCCUCGCUGGGGAACGGCUCCGAGCACAAAAACCGGGAUCAGGCGCCCUCUGGAGAGCGGUGGGAGCCUGCUGGGAGCGCGGGGUCCUCCUGCAGACUGGGAAUGAGCCUGGCCCUGUCCCCCGACACCAGCUCCGUCUGCCUGACCUCUCCCACCGGGUCCGUGGAUCCAUGGGCUGCUCCAGAGGAUCAGCCCAUGGAGAGCGUCCAGUCCCCGUCCCAGAGCGACCUGGGACAGAGCAGCUGCUUCUCCCAGUGGGGCGGGGAUGACGCCGAUCCCGACCCCAAUUCCCUGGAUGCUGAGGAGUCACACCAAGGUGGGAACGGGCUGUUGGUGGAGGAACAGCUGGGGAGCCCCUCUGCCAACGGCACGGAGGAGCUGGAUGAUCCCAUGGGAGCAGGAGAUGGCCGGGACUCCCCCUUUGAGUACACAGACACAGGAGAUGACUGCAGAGCUGAGGAGAGCGAGGAUGUGUUCCCUGGGACAGAGAAUUCCCCUGGGAAUGACACCACGAACACGGAGAUGGCGGAGAUCCCUCUCCACCAUCACCUUCUGGAAUCAGAGCCCUCCUCCUCCAUCAGGGAGGGCAUCUCAGCCAUACAGGAGCUCCCCAGGCAGCAGCAGAGCUUCCCAAACAUCCACGGGGACUCAGCUCCUGCUUCUCCUGCCCCCAGAGACUCCAAUCCCAGCAUUCCCGUGCCGGGCCGGCGGGAGUCGGUGCUGUGCCGCCUCUGGAAGCCGUGCCGGGAUGGAGGAGCCGCCCAGGUGAGCAUGGCUGCCUGGAGCCUGGAUGGCUCCUUCCAUCCCAGCUGUUCCCAAGAGCUGGUGGAAUCCCCAGCUCCCUGCUCCCCCCUGGAGGCAUCAGCGGGGCUGGGAUCUGCUCCUCCUUCUCCGUGUGACCCAUGGGACGAUCCGGAGCCUGCGGAACCGGGCUCGCCACUCCCUGAGGCGCUCCCCGGGAUGCUCCCUCCCACUCCAGACAGUGCCCGCUGGGCCGGGAGCCAUGGCAGCCCCGGGAGCAGCCCCAGGAGCCAUGGCAGCCCCAGGAGCAGCCCCAGGAGCCAUGGCAGCCCCAGGAGCCAUGGCAGCCCCAGGAGCAGCCCCAGGAGCCAUGGCAGCCCCGGGAGUUGUGCCAGCCCUGGAAUCCAUGGCAGCCCUGGGAGCCCCAGGAACCAUGGCAGCCCCAGGAGCUGUGGUAGCCCCAGGAACUAUGGCAGCCCCGGGAGCAGCCCCAGGAUCCAUGGCAGCCCCAGGAGCUGUGGCAGCCCUGGGAGCAGCCCCAAGAGCAGUCCCAGGAGCCAUGGCAGCCCUGGGAGGUGUGGUAGCCCCAGGAGCUGUGGUAGCCCCAGAAGUCCCAGGAGCUUUGGCAGCCCCAGGAGCUUUGGCACCCCCAGGAGCAGCCCCAGGAGCCAUGGUAGCCAUGGCAGCCCCAGGAGCCAUGGUAGCCAUGGUAGCCCCCGGAGCCAGGCAGGGGAUGCCAGAGGGAGCCCCGGGGAGGAGCCCUUCCUGCCGGAGGACCUGGAAGAAGGAGGCAGCAUUCCCAGCCCUGCACCUUUCCCAGCCCGGGAGUGUCCCCUGUGCCAGCCCUGGGAAGUGUGUGAGCACAACCCCCAGGGAUCCCAGGUGUUCCCUGAUCCCGACUGUGCCGGCACUGAGGUGGGACAGGGAGAAAUUCCCGCUUCUCCCACGCCAUGGGACGAGCCCCGGGAUCUCUCUGGAGAACACCUGGAGUUCAGUGAUGCUGAGGAUAUUUCGGAUCUGCUCCCAAGGGAAGAGCAGCUCCCGAGCCAAGACACACACGAGGGCUUGGCCUUUGAAGAUCCAUUGGAGAAUUCCUUUGGUGACUCAGACCAGGAAUGUUUGGAGGGGAAUUCUCGCUCCCCUCUUCCAAGCAGGAGUUCCUGCAUCAUGAGAUCCACGGGUGCUGCCGGAACAAGGACUACCUGGGACAGCUCCUCCAGGAGCUCCGUGCACACGGAGGAGCGCGGGGAGGCCUGGGACUGGGAUGACCCCAGGGAUUACGGGAGCCUCGUGGUCACCAGGCAGUGCCAGGAGAGGAUGGAACAUUUCCAGCUUCCCCGGAGGCGCCGCCGCCGUGCCCGGGAGUCUCACCUGGCCCGCUCCCUGCUGGGGACCUGGAGGGGCUUGGAGGAGAUCACCCAGAACACUUUGGACAUGGAGUGUCUCCGCUUCCAUUAUAAGCUAAAAGAAAUCCUAAGGAAUGGCAGACCCCCCUUUUCUACCUCCAAAAGCAUCUUCCCCACGGACUUUCCUCCCCGCCGCGCCCCCGUCCCGCUGUCCCCACGCAGCCGGAGCCCCCUGCAGGUGACAAUUCCCCCCUCGGACGCGUGGCCGGGCGGGCUCCGCUCCCGCGGGGACCCUGGGGCCGCCAGGAGGAGCCGCUCCCGGGCCAGGAGCCGGGACCGCGGGGCCGCCCUGCGCCUGAGCCGGCUGCGGCACCCGCGCACCCCGCCCGAGCCGGAGCCGGAGCCGCGCGGGGACGUGGCCGGCAUCCUGCAGGAGUUCUCCGAGUUCCAGAGGGUGCUGCUGGCCGGGGCCGGGACCGGGAGCGCCGCCCCGGUGCAGGGCGAGGCCGGGGGCGGCCGGCCGGGGCUGGCCCGGCCCCGCGGGACGGCGGCGUUCCGGGGAAUGGUGGCCGAGCUGUGCGGGGCCCUGCGCUGCCACCUGCGCCGCGUGGCCGCCCGCGGGCAGCCCGGAAUGUUCUACCUGCUGGAGACGGGCACGGAGCCCUUCUUCGACAGGGUGAAGGCCCUGCUGAAGGCCGAGGGCUUUGUGAGGAUGGAGCCCCUGAACUUCUGCAGAGCGCAGCACCAGGACAGCGAGCGGCUGCUGGUCAUCGUCAGGAACGAGGACAUCGCCUCCCACAUCCACACUGUGCCCUCCCUGCUGGAGCUGAAGCGCUGCCCCAGCGUGGUGUUCGCCGGCGUGGACGAUCCCCAGGAGGUGACAGGUGACACAUUCCAGGAGCUCUUCCAGGCCGGAGGGUUCGUGGUGUCUGACGAGGAGCUGCUGGAAAAGGUGACCCUGGGCCAACUGAAGGAGGUGGUGAAGGUGCUGGAGAGGCUGAACAGGAGAGGGAGGUGGAAGUGGCUCCUGCACCACAGGGAGAGCAAGAAGCUCAGAGGAGACCUCAGCAGGGAGGAUGGCAGUGCCCAGAGGAAGCAGCUGCUGCUGAGGUGGUGCCAGGGGGCAGAGCUGCUGGAGCUGCUGCCCUUCCACGGCUGCGACUCCGCGCCCGAGCCCCGGCGCGCCCAGUGCCUGCUGGAGCUGCAGGUGCAGCACGUCCGCGCCAGGUUCGCCGUGUACCUCACAGAAAAUGCCAGCAGCAGCUGCAGGGAGGUCCUGGAGAGCCAAGGAAUUCUGGUGGCUGACAUCACCACCUUCCUGGGGACGGUGCAGAAAGUGGCUGCUCCCUUUAGAAGAAGCUACUGGUGACAAAGUGAAGCCACCAGGACACGGCUCCUCCCCGGGCCCUGUGACACCAGUUUGGGCAUCCCGGUCCUGUGGGGGACAUCCCCACCAUCCCAGUGGAUCCCCGCCAACCAUCCCAGUCAAUCCCAGUGCAUCCCAGUGAUUUCACUGGAUCCCCGCCAACCAUCCCAAUCAAUCCCAGUGCAUCCCAGUGGAUCACCACCAUCCAAUCCACUGGAUCCCAAUGAUCCCAGUGGAUCCCCACCAUCCAUCCCAGUCAAUCCCAUCAAUCCCACUGGAUCCCAAUGAUCCCAGUGGAUCCCCACCAUCCCUCCCAGUGGAUCCCAGCAGCUGCUGGAGGUGGGGGAAAGUCGGGUUUAGCUCUGUACAUAAAUCUUAUUUAAAGGUGGGAAAUGCAAAUCCUCAGGGAUUCAUUCCUGCCAUCCAGUCUCCCAUAGGAAAGGUUCUUUUAACGGUACAGCCAAAUUAUUGGGGUGGUUUCGAGUCUUUUCGUGCAGCUGCCAUUGGAGCAGGGAAAUGAAUUUCCCAAAGUCUACUUGAAGAUGAGGAAUGAGAACAAAUCCCUUUCCCACGUGGUCGUUGCUGUUCAGGCCCACACUACAUUUCAGCUCACCCCCAAUGCCUCCUGGUACCGGUUCCCUGCUGGGACUCGUGGAAUCCCAGCACUGGAAUCCUUGUAAAUAGCGGGAAGCCGGGCUGCAGGGACACAAUAAGCUGUUAUUUAUGGGGGCAGCAGCACGGCCCAGCCCCGUUCCUGACCCGGCUCCGCGGGGCAGGGGCGUCCUUCAGCUCGUUUUUAAAUCCAGGACUGCCAGGCCGCUCUGUACAGGAUGACUUUGUAAAGAGUUUGAUUAAUAAAACCUCCAAAACCA